AUGCCUCGUGAUGCCGGCCCCCGCAAGCCCACCCUCAAGCAGCUGGCGAAGCAGAAAGCGAAGGACAUCAAGACCCGGGAGCGCAACGAGGCGACGUUCGCAUCCGCCGUUCAGCACUCCAAAAGCACCAUACUCGACGUGGACAUGCGGUUCAUUCAAGACACGCUGACCCAGAACCCGACUUGGAUUUCUCCACUCGCUGGUCUGAUCCGCUCGGGCUCGUUGAAUGGUCUUCUGAAGGACGUUGCCAAGAAGGAGGAGACCGGUGGACUGAGAUGGAAGGGCAAGUGCACCAAAUGGGGCAGUUUGCCGCUUGAGAUGGCGAGCUUAAUGCUCAAGCAUUGCGGUGUGGAGCUCGCGGAGGACGUACAGAAGGACGAACCCGUCCUACGGACCCUCUUCGAGAUCCAGUUCUGGGCAGCCAAGUCGGCGUCCUUGCCAUCUCGUGCGGACAUUCGCUAUCAGUCCACGUUGGUCAAGUUAGCGAGGGCCCGCAUGGAGGACGUUGGUCGCAACUACAUAGCUGCGGUGAACUCGGCGGAGGCUAUCAGUGUUGACCGGGACAGGUACAACAUCUGGUCACUUAGAACAACACGUUGUACUGCCACGUCUUUGCCACACAAGAUGGACACCCUCGCCUCGUACCUCAGCCACGAGCUUCCUACUCUCCCGGACAACAAGACGUGGCAAUUGGACGCCAAGUGGACCUUCGACUUGUCGUCGGACGCAGACACCACGGCUGGCCUCGGCGACAAUGUGCCGCAGGGACCUCCAGCUUUUUUCAGCUCUGCGUCGGACAAGCGUCGGACAGUUGCAUUUUGCAUUCCCUGCGGGACACACGGAAGCCUCAAGGGCGAGAGCUACAAGUUCAAAGAGCCGCAGACCAAGGUAACGGAUGGACAUCGUUUUUGGCACAUGCGUUGGUUUGUGGACUUCCUCGGAGGACACGAGUCUCGAAAUUUCCUCGCAGGCAGUGUGUCGACGUUCAGGAACAAGCUCUUCACGAUUGCAUGGCCCUGCUGGACAGACACGGAGGACGCUCUGAAAAAAGAGAUCGAGUCGCACUUUCUCCAGAGUUCGUUCUCCCUCCUCAAGCAGCAGGAGCACGCUGCAAACGCCGAGAAGAAGGGCACCAAACGAAAGGCAUCCUCGCAGCAGAUGCAGGACGACAUGGAGGACGACAACGAGCAAGCGGACAAUGAGGAGCACACGGGUGACCAGAUGGAAGAGGUAGCAGCUGGACGAAGCACACGUUGUACAGAGUUUGCCACGUCGAGCUUUGCAACGAUUGUUCUUUUGCAUCAAUGGCACCAGGGUAUGCGCAAAGAUGCCAAAUGGAAGAAGCCGGCAGAGGAGGUAUCCAAGCUGGCCGGGGAGUUGCUUCAAGGCCUCGCUUCCUUGUUCCUGCAGACCCCGCAGGACUUCUCAUUCACGUGGGACGGAAACACUCUGGUGCUGCCGUUCAAAGGAGGUUCGCUGGACGUGGACGAGGUUGUACUGCAAAACAGUUUACUUGCUAAAGUACUACACCGCGAUCGUUCCCGAUUCAUGGACGUGCUGCAGGAUGUGAAUGUGGACUGCACCCGUCGGACAAUUGGAGACACUCGCAAGUCAUCUAGUUUGAGGACGAAGUACUACUUGUUGGCGGCUUUGGCACGUGCCAUGGAUUCGUCGGACGACACGCAUUCCUGCUGGACAUCUUUGAAUGUGAAGCAAGUGAUGAGCACCUCCGGAUAUCGUCGGUCGUCCACGAGUUUUCGACAAGAGGUUGCGAGUUCAUCGAAUGCCACACGCAGGACACUUACCUCCACAUUGCAAGGACAUGCGUUCACCGUGCAGGACAGCAGCGAACAGCAGGACGAACAAAAGAUCAAGAAGCACGCUUCUAUGGACGCACACAGGCUAGCACGCAUGGAGCGAUACGCCUAUGUCACGCAGGGCAAGUCAGAUUUCCUCUCGACGGACAUUUUGUGCGUGGUGGUCCAGAAAUCGUCCGUCUUGUCGGCUGAGCAGUGGAAAGCUAUGUGGAACAAGGCUUCCAAGAAGUUCCUCGGGAUCGAGAAACCCGUUGGACCUGGUCAUGCGGAGGACCGGCUGGCCACACUGUCUUGGAUGCAGGACAUAAACCACGGCUUGCGACCCAUUGGCUGGACUUUUGGCUGCUGCCAGAGCACGCCGGCCGGCCCCGCGGAGGACGACACGAAGGCUAAACGUGCACCGAUCAUGAUUUUGUGCACCGACCAAGAAGCAACACAGCUGGCGGCUGUCUCCUUCUUGAGGAACAAAAAGAGCCUCUGGAUCGAACACGUCUCGGACCCCGCCCACAGGUCGCACAACGACGUGGCUUUGGCCUUGUCGGCCGCUGGACUCCUGAAGUUCUGCACAUGGUGCAUCUCGCUGUACAACAUCAGGUAUGGACCCUGGCAGAAGGGCUCGUGGGCGUUGAAGAUCCAGCAAGCCGCAAAUCGCAUGAAGGACAACAUGGACCCCUCGGACCCGAUAUUGCUCCUUUUCUUCCCGGACAUUCUGCUGGACGCCGGCCUCUCCCCCCUGGACGACAACACGGAGGAGAAACGCAGGUCGUUUUUGCAGACAUUACCCGACAUGGACUGCAUCCGCAUCAAGGGCACGAAGGCCAGCAAGAGUCGGUUCAAUUCCCUGACGACGGCCCACAGCGCGCUGGACAAAGAGUGGUCGGUCUUGGCUUUAGUUCUCACGGUGGUCUGCUUGGAGCACAACUGGGCAGUUUCCACUAAGGACCUCUUCUCGCAGGACAGCAACCAGGCCCGUGCCUCGGUUCCAUAUGGUGGAAGCAAGUCUUCUGCCAUACAGGAGGCCAAGCAAGGCAUGGACCAGGAGCGGAAGGGCAGCGCGAACAGUCUACACUUAAUGACGAAGUUCGUGAUCUCGCAGGACAACAAGACGACAGCCAGGAUGAUGUUCCAGGUCUUGCAACCCGAAGAGCUUCGUUGUUCGCUCAUGCUCAAGCAGCUGCGUUCCAAAGGCAUGACGAAGGACUACUACUCUGGCUGGGCACACUGGUCUUGGAUGAGCACUGCAAAGGACCACGUCAGGACUUUGUCGAAUUUGGAAGGUUUAUCUCGUGUCGGCCUCGACCUGACACUGGCACGCGCACAACCCCCGGAGGAGACAGAGCUUGUCUGGCAGGACUCGCUCGCAGGCCAAAUGACGCAGUUGACACUACAGAUCCUGCGGCUGCGGGCCGGGGCACAGCUGUACCAUACUGGAGGUUUCGGUGCGACCGCAGGACUAGUCCAUGCUGAAGAGCAGUUCCGUCGGGCAAGCUUGGAUUUUUUCAAAGAGAUGCAGUCUUGUAUCCAGGACACGCACAGUGGUGGUUCUCGUAUGGCAAAAAAAUUGCUCGAAGGUCAUUUCUCCCAAGGGCCGAUUAGUCGGUACAUCCUCGCCGAUCUUUGCACUACCCGGUUUCAGAGCCUUACGGAGGACGUUGCACACGUAUUGACCAGCAUUUGGUCGGGCCUCUUGAACACGAAGAUCAUCGAAGACUGUAAUAAAGUCCAGCGCGAGGCCGAGCAACGACAUUCGUCUUCGAAGGACUUGGGUCGUUUGGACGGAUGGAAGGCUGUGACCCAACAGGCCGUGGUCAAGAUGUACGAGAGGGUGGAGGCACUGUCAACGGAGCUCUACCACACGCCGGCAGCGUUUGACGUGGCCAAACUUUUCUGCAAAGACACCGAGAAGAAGAAGAUUCAAGCAGUUCGUCGUCGUUCCGAUUCGUCGGUCAGCACGCAGGUCAGUGCCUCGGAGGUGCAGGAAGCACAGCUUCUUGCAGACGUGACGAAGACGAGGGACUGGGUCUCCCACAACCACGCCGAGGAACAGGAGGUUUUGGCUGCCUUCAGUUUACUGAUGAAGGCGUGGAGGGCCAAGCGAUGGUCGCUUUGUGAAGAAGGUUGGUGCUCUGGACUUUUGCCCGAAGGACAUGUUGUACUGGCAGGUGCAGACCCGUUGUUCAUCGUUCGGACAUACCGUUUGGCUGCACUCGCAUGGCCCGGCAAGAUCGUUAAGGACAAGGACCAUGAGUUUUCGAAUUCAACAUGGGCGUUCGGUCUCUCUUUUGGAUGCACAGCACAUCUUUGGACUUGGAAGUGUUGCGGCUGCGAGUUGUUUCACCUCUGCGUGCCUCGGCUGCAGUACAGUUGA